CAACAACAGCAGCAGCAGCAUUAGCAACCAAAGCAGACACAGUAGAAAAAACAACAACAACAACAAAAAUACUGAAGCAUAAGUUAAGCAAAUUGUAUGGAUACUACGGAUACGGAUACAGAUACGGUUGGAUGCAAGUCUUCCUACUACUAACACUCUACGUGAUUGGUAAUCAAAGUGCCUGGCAGGAGAAUAUACGACCAAAACUCUAUGUGGAAUUAGGUCCCGAAGAUAUACUGAAAUUUCUGGGAAACGAAAGUGUUGUGGAUCACUUUAAGCUCGUCACCAAGGAUGGCAACAGUCUGCUCAUCGGUGCAAGAAAUACGGUAUUUAAUUUAAGCAUACACGAUCUCGCUGAACAGCAGCGUCUGGUGUGGACAUCGCCGGAGGAUGAUACCAAAAUGUGUCUCGUCAAGGGCAAAGAUGAGGAGGCCUGCCAGAACUAUAUCCGCAUCAUGGUGGUGCCAUCGCCGGGGCGCCUCUUUGUGUGCGGCACCAACUCCUUCCGGCCCAUGUGCAAUACGUACAUGAUCAAUGAGAACAACUACACGCUGGAGGCAACCAAAAAUGGUCAGGCUGUCUGCCCCUACGAUCCCCGUCAUAACUCCACCUCCGUGCUGGCGGAUAAUGAACUUUAUUCGGGCACGGUGGCCGAUUUCAGCGGCAGUGAUCCCAUUAUCUAUCGAGAGCCACUGCAGACCGAGCAGUACGACAGCCUCAGUCUCAACGCCCCGAACUUUGUGAGCUCAUUCACGCAGGGAGACUUUGUCUAUUUCUUCUUUCGGGAGACAGCCGUGGAGUUCAUCAACUGUGGCAAGGCGAUUUAUUCGCGUGUGGCGCGCGUCUGUAAAUGGGAUAAGGGUGGACCGCAUCGGUUCCGCAAUCGCUGGACAUCGUUCCUCAAGUCGCGCCUGAAUUGCUCCAUACCGGGCGAUUAUCCCUUCUACUUCAAUGAAAUACAAUCGGCCAGCAAUCUGGUGGCGGGAGAGUAUGGUUCGAUGAGCUCCAAACUAAUCUACGGAGUCUUCAAUACGCCCGCCAACUCCAUACCCGGCUCAGCUGUGUGUGCCUUUGCCCUGCAGGACAUAGCGGAUACCUUUGAGGGCCAGUUCAAGGAGCAGAGCGGCAUCGGCUCCAACUGGCUGCCGGUAAACAAUGCCAAGGUCCCCGAACCGCGCCCCGGCUCCUGUCACAACGAUUCACGAACGCUUCCGGAUCCGACAUUAAAUUUCAUCAAAACACAUUCGCUAAUGGACGAGAAUGUGCCGGCGUUUUUCGGUCAACCGAUUCUGGUCCGGACGAGCACAAUUUAUCGCUUCACCCAAAUCGCUGUCGAUGCGCAGAUCAAAACUCCCGGCGGCAAGACAUACGAUGUCAUAUUCGUUGGCACAGAUCAUGGCAAGAUCAUCAAGUCGGUGAAUGCCGAAUCGGCAGAUUCCGCUGACAAGGUUACCUCCGUGGUCAUCGAGGAGAUCGAUGUGCUGACCAAAAGCGAACCGAUACGGAAUCUGGAAAUAGUGCGCACCAUGCAAUACGAUCAACCCAAGGAUGGCAGCUAUGACGAUGGCAAAUUGAUAAUUGUGACAGACAGUCAGGUGAUAGCCAUACAAUUGCAUCGCUGUCACAACGACAAAAUCACCAGCUGCAGCGAGUGCGUCGCCUUGCAGGAUCCUUACUGUGCCUGGGACAAAAUUGCCGGCAAGUGUCGCUCCCAUGGCGCACCACGUUGGCUGGAGGAGAACUAUUUCUAUCAGAAUGUGUCCACUGGCCAGCAUGCGGCCUGUCCCUCAGGCAAAAUCAAUUCAAAGGAUGCCAAUGUGGGCGAACAGAAGGGUUUCCGGAAUGACAUGGACUUAUUGGAUUCGCGGCGUCAGAGCAAGGAUCAGGAAAUCAUCGACAAUAUUGAUAAGAACUUUGAAGACAUUAUCAAUGCCCAGUACACGGUGGAGACCCUGGUGAUGGCCGUGCUGGCCGGAUCGAUAUUCUCGCUGCUGGUGGGCUUCUUUACAGGCUACUUCUGCGGCAGGCGUUGCCACAAGGACGAGGACGACAAUCUGCCGUAUCCGGACACGGAGUACGAGUACUUUGAGCAGCGUCAGAAUGUCAAUAGUUUCCCAUCGUCGUGCCGCAUACAACAGGAGCCGAAGCUGCUGCCCCAGGUGGAGGAGGUGACCUAUGCGGAGCCAGUGCUGCUGCCACAGCCACCGCCGCAGAAUAAGAUGCACUCGCCGAAGAAUACGCUGCGCAAGCCGCCCAUGCAUCAGAUGCACCAGGGACCCAACUCGGAGACGCUCUUCCAAUUCCAGCCGGACGGCUACAACACACAGCAGACAUAUCGCGGACGCGACAACUUUGGAACGUUGCGCUCCCACCAGGUGAUGGGUGACAACUAUCGACGCGGCGAUGGCUUUUCGACCACACGCAGCGUCAAGAAGGCUGUAAACAACACAAACACACGAAACAGAAGUCUUGGUCGCGCAAGAAGACAGCCGCCCCGUCAUGGCAUUGUAACUCAACAUCGCUCGAAUAGCCCCCAGCCACAAUUACAGCAACAGCAGCAGCAGCAGCAGCAGGCACAACAGCAGCCGCACUCCAGCUCCGGCUCGUCGCCGGUAAUGUCGAACAGCAGCUCCAGUCCGGCGCCACCGUCGAGCAGUCCCAGCCCCCAGGAGAGCCCCAAGAACUGCAGCUACAUUUACCGUGAUUGA